AUCCACUCUCGGAAUGAACGAGUUUGAAGAAAAAAUUGAUUCCUUAAAUUUAAUUUAUAAAUUGUGGUUAGCUGGGAAAAAAGUUAUAAUUUCUGAUAUGGAAGCGCAAGCAUUGCCUGAAAUCUCUAAUUUGCCCAAAGUGUCUGCUUUGCCUGAAAUCUCAGAUUUGCCUGAAAUGUCAGAUUUUCUAGAAACGUCAGAGUUGCCUGAAAUGUCUGAUUUGCCAGAGAUGUCCAGUUCUCCAAACUUUUAUGAAUCUUUGUUCUCUGCUUUACCAUCUAGUCUAAAUUUAAAUGAACAACUUCAAAAUCAAGGAAGCGUUUUAUCUCCAAAUCAAUCUUCUCUAAAUGACAGCGUAAACUUCAAAGAUCUUCCUACAACUAAAUCUGAAUGCUGCACCGGCCAAGCAACAAACAUUUUUAAUAAUUUAGCAAAUGUAUGCUUACCUAAAGUCCCUCCAGUUGUAGGAAAUGUCAAAAUUAAAAAAGCAAGACUCAAAAGGAAGCGGGGUUUGUAUAAUGAUCCUUACCAUCAAUCGUGUCAGCGAAUUUUAGGCAAAACUGCUCAUAAGGAACAGUUAUUAAAAAAGCAACACUCUGUCAUAGAUCUUCAACUACUCUCCAUUAAGGACUCAUUCGAGAUGUUAUCUGAUUUGCACAUAAACAAAGCACAAAAGCUUUUAUCCAUGCAGUUUCCAGAUGUAAAAGGAUUACAAGACCCUAUUCUUGGGUCAAAACUUCAUUUUAGAGUGCAAUCUGGAAAGUUUGUUCAAAUUUUACAUAAUGGUGCAUUGCAUUGGCUUACCAUUUCAAAUUUUUUAAGUACCCAUCUUAACUCAGUUGAUGUUUUUGAUUCCUUAUAUUAUGACUUAAGUGUUAGUGGAAAGAUGCAAGUAGGAUCAACCAUGAUGGUUAAAGAACCUUUUUUGAAAUUACAGUUCAAAGAUUUCCAAAAACAAUCUGGUGGGCUUGAUUGUGGUCUUUUUGCAAUUGCAGCGGCAACAGAUUUAUGUUACAAUUAUGAUCCAAGCAUAAAAUGCUAUAAGCAAGAACUUAUGCGAGAUCAUUUGUUAAAAUGCUUCAGUGACAAUUACUUAACGCCAUUCCCUAUAGAGACUAAUGAACGAAAAAAGAAAAAACUACCUAAACCAAUUAAUGUACCAUUAUAUUGCAUAUGUCGUCUUCCUGAUAAUAAAGAAGAAAAAAUGGUUAAAUGCGACAAUUGUAAGGAGUGGUUUCACGUUUCAUGCCUUUCCAUUCCAAAGAAUAUAUUUGAUAAUUCUGACAACUCUUUACAUUGGAAUUGUAAUUCAUGCAGCUAACUAAGUAUGUCGAGAUAUCAAAGCUAAUCAGUAUAAACGGUAUUAUAUAAGUUUAACCAAGUUUCUUUUCUGUUUCAAGUUGGUGAAGAUAGUCAUAUCCAAGGCGAUGAUGAAAAUGA